CUCCCUGAAGUAAUUAGAGAGACUAGUUCAAGAACUUCCAUCUAUAAAUAGGAUUGUUAAUCUAGUUCAUAUAUUAUCAAACCUCUCACUCAAGCAAAAAAAAAAAAAGACCGUUUUUGAUAAGAGAUUUAUAUAUAGCAUAUAUAUACUAGUGAAUUGGUGAAUUGAUCGAUUACUCAACCAUGAAAGGUGCUCAUUUUCUUCUUUCACUUGUUGUGUUGGCUUUGGCAUCCUCCAUAGCCUCUGCCUCUGACCCAAGCCCUCUCCAAGACUUCUGUGUGGCUGUAGAUGACCCCCACAAAGCUUUAUUUGUGAAUGGGAAAUUCUGUAAGGAUCCUAAGCUUGCUAAUGCUGAUGAUUUCUUCUUUACUGGGCUCAACAUUCCAAGAGACACACACAAUCCAGUUGGAUCUAAUGUGACACAAGUAAAUGUAGACUUGAUUAAAGGACUUAACACUCUUGGAAUAACAUUGGCUCGUAUUGACUAUGCACCAUUUGGUCAAAACCCACCUCACACUCAUCCUCGUGGCUCUGAAAUCCUAGUUGUUGUUGAGGGAACUCUCUACGUUGGCUUUGUGUCAUCGAACCAAGAUGGAAACCGACUGUUUACUAAGGUUUUGAAAGAGGGAGAUGUAUUUGUGUUUCCAAUAGGCAUGAUUCACUUUCAGUUUAAUCCGGCACAUGCUCCAGCUGUUGCGUUUGCUGGUCUUAGUAGCCAAAAUGCAGGAACCAUCACCAUUGCAAACUCAAUAUUUGGAUCAAAUUCUGCUAUUAACCCUGAUGUGCUUGCCAAGGCUUUCCAAGUUGACAAGUAUGUGAUUGAAAAACUUCAGAAGCAAUUCUGGUAUGAUAACGACAACUAAACAUGCUUUGGAGAAGGGAAGCUCUGAACUGAAUAAUAUUUUAUAUACUGUGUUUUAUGUUGUACAAUAAAAUAGUUUGGUCAUGAGUGUAUCUCAGUGAUCUUACUAAACAUCCAUAUGUACUCUUUCAUUUUUGAUGAUUAUAAUCAAAUAUAUAGUUGUGCUCC